CCACGCCAACCCUAAUACGUCAGUCUCCCCCCGAACUCGCGUCGCCGUCGCCGUCGCCCCUCGCGGCCUCACGCCCUGACGGCGGAGAGACGGGCAGCAGGAGGUGGCCCGGCUCCUCGGCGGCUUUGCCUCGCGCCCCCUCGUCUCUACUCCCUUCAGGAGGCGGCCCCACUUCGCUCGCGGUGCAGACUGCGGAUUCUAGUGCUGGUGUUUCUAGGGUUUUAUUCUUACGAUGGGGAGGGCGAAGAGUAAGGGCCCUAAGUUCGCCGCCGUCAAGAAGAUCAUCAGCAAGAAGACCAUCCAGAAGUACAAGGAGGAUGUGCUGAACCCUAAGAAGAAGGAUAGCGAGAAGGAGAAGCUCGGGCGGAAUGUGCCUCAGAUAUCUUCGGCGCUGUUCUUCAGCUACAACACAGCGCUUGGGCCGCCAUACCGGGUUAUUGUGGACACUAACUUCAUCAACUUCUCCAUCCAGAACAAGUUGGAUUUGGAGAAAGGAAUGAUGGACUGCCUUUAUGCAAAAUGUACGCCAUGCAUCACGGAUUGUGUUAUGGCUGAGCUUGAAAAGCUGGGGCAAAAGUAUCGUAUAGCUUUGAGAAUUGCAAAGGACCCUAGGUUCCAGAGAUUAGCAUGUACACACAAGGGAACUUAUGCUGAUGACUGUAUUGUAGAGAGGGUUACUCAGCACAAGUGCUACAUUGUUGCAACAUGUGAUAGAGAUUUGAAAAGGAGGAUAAGGAAGGUUCCUGGUGUUCCAAUCAUGUAUAUCACUCGGCACAGGUACUCGAUAGAACGACUUCCUGAAGCCACAAUUGGAGGAGCACCAAGAAUCUGAUUGGCACGGAAAUAAGAAAUUGGGAAUUUCUUAGUGCAGCUUGCUUGGCCAAGCGUCCUGGAGUUAGGAUGGAUAAGAAUACUGCUGUAGUGAGCUUUUUGAAGCAAAUGCUGUAGUGAGCUGAGCUAGUUGUAUCCACUUUAAAGUUUUGUACCAAAUCUCACCAGGGUAUUACUGUUAUUGUGAUUGAAGAGAAAUGUUUGCUUUCU